CCUUUCUCCACAGUCACGCACUUUAACGCAUAUACCGUUGCCCCACAAUCACGCACUUUAACGCAUAUACCUUUACCCCACAAUCACGCACUUUAACGCAUCUGCUUUUCGUUUAGCGUUUUAUCGUCAUGCCAGCGGAAUAUAAUAUUUAAAAACAAAUAAAAUAGUGGGAAAAUACAUCUCUUAGUAGAUCUGACGUCAUAAUAGAUAAUCAUCGUAAAAUUACGUCAUUUGCAUAUUAAUUUUUGUUGUAAAUCUGAAGAAAAAGUGGCCGAUAAUGAGCGAUUCCGCUGACGAUAGCGAGGACACAAAUUCAGAUUACAUAUCUUUUGUCGACUCUGACAGUUCCGAUGAAGAGGAAGAUGAUAUACCAGUAGUUCAACCCUUACAGCCUUUGGAACCAUGCUGGUCCUCUGUAUUAGAAUCAUCGGAAACACCCCCCUUUUUGUGUGAAGUUGGACCUUCACAUAGUCUGGGGCCGGCAGAUAAUGAAAAACAAUUUUUUGAAUUGAUUUUUGAUGAAAAAUGUGUCAACACAUUGACAGAUGGCACUAAUAAAUACGCGAGGGAAACACAAGAAAGAAAAGGUCAUGAUCCAGUCUGGUACGAUUGUACAACCGAAGAAAUGAGAGCCUAUCUGGGCUUGCUGAUUAUAAUGGGUAUCAACAAGUUACCCGACUAUAAACUCCAUUGGAGCAAGAAUAAGUUUCUUGCGAAUUCUGGAUUUAUUGAAGUUAUGCCUGUAAGAAGAUACGAAAAGUUAACUCAGUAUUUGCACUGUGAUUCUGAGGAUACCGAUGACCCACUGUGUAAAGUUCGUCCCAUCAUGAACCUGGUAUCAGAGAACAUCUUAAAAAGCUACAAACCACGACAACAUCAGACAAUCGAUGAAGGCAUGAUCGCCUAUAAAGGACGACAUAAGGCAAAACAAUACAUUCCAUCAAAACCAACACGAUGGGGGCUCAAAGUCUGGUUACGAUGUGACAGUAUUUCCGGCUUUUGUCAUCAGUUAGACAUAUACCUCGGCAGAGAUCAGUACAGCAGAGGGAUUUCUGUUGGUCAGGAAGUUGUCCUAAAAUUGACUGAAAGCUUGGAGGGAAAAAAUUUCCAUGUGUUUUAUGACAGCUUUUUUACAUCAAUAGCUCUCGCAAGAUCACUUCUUGAGAAGAGGAUAUUUUCGUGUGGAACAAUUAUGAGAAACAGGAAGGGAUUUCCAUCUGAUCUGAAGAAUCUCCCUCGUAUGAAUCAAGGAGAAUAUGUUACACGUCAAGAUGGCAAGCUGAGUGCCACAGUCUGGAUGGACAGUCGCCCUGUAGCUAUACUAUCCACCACGGCUUCAACAGUUGAAAUGAGUGCCAAUGCGUGCCGGCGGCUGAAAGAUGGGACCGAAAUUUCUGUUCCUCGACCGCAAAGUGUUGGUCACUACCAGGCCUUUUUUCGAGGUGUUGACAUAUUUGACCAGUUACGUUCAAAAUAUUCCGUUGGACGACCCAGUAAAAAAUGGUGGAAAUACGUGUUACAUUUUUUAAUCAAUACGGCGAUCAUCAACACAUUUCUUAUUAUGAAGGAGAGUGUGAAUCUGCCGAAGAAGAAGUACAGACAACUCGACUACCGCCUCGCCCUAGCUAAACUCCUGAUAGGAACUUUCAGGACACCGCCGAAGACAGCUGCCAGGCGACAACUGUCUGAAAAUUCUACAACUCAUAAAUUAAUAAGACUGUCCUGCAAACGAUCGUAUUGCAAAAACUGUGCCAAGGCUGUCCCUAAAAAGAGAAAGGAUACAUCAUUCGGGUGUGGACUGUGUGAGGUACAUUUGUGCGGAAAACAGUGCUUCGCUCUAUUUCAUAACAUUGAAGAGUGAGCGUAUAUAUGUGUAUUGAGGUUACCUAUGUUUGCAGGGAAAAACAUUAAUGCCUAUAUAUGUACAUGGACAUUAUUAACGUUCUUUAACAAGAUCUGUUUCAGUCACUUGAAUAGAUUGAAAUUAAAUGCUUCUUAGUAAAUUUAAAA